CUUUUCUGUUUCACUACUCCAUCUGGAGUUCAGUUGAGGAGAAAAGGCUAUACAGGCUGACGUGGAGAAAAGGGCAAAACAGGCAGAAUAGCAGAGGAUCAUAAGAGCUUUUUUUAUUUAUUUUUUUACUUUCUUUACUUCUUUAUGUCUUUUUAUUAAAGUCUCAUAAUAACAUUAAUCAUGUGUAUCUUUUAGCAUGAAGACAACUCUGUAAAGAUGUUUGACCACCUGGUGGAAUCUAAUAAUAAAAAGCUGGAGCUGGAGAUGAAGAAUAAGGAGAAUGGUCUGACUGAUGAUGACUUGAAUUUCAUCAAAAAGUUGAUUGAAGGACUGAAGGACCCUACAGAAGUCCAGUGGUCAGAGAUUGGUCGGAAAAAGGACAAAUUCUUCCUGUUUGAAAUCGUGGCCAACAAAAGCAACGGCAUUGAUGUGGACAAGUUUGACUACUUUGCCAGGGACUGCUACCACCUGGGCAUGAAGAACAACUUUGACCAUCUCCGCUUCAUACAGUUUGCCAGAGUGAUUAAAGUGGAAAAAGACGGGCUGAAUCACAUCUGCAGUAGAGACAAGGAGGUGGGCAAUCUGUAUGACAUGUUCUACACCAGGAACUGUCUCCACAGAAGAGCCUACCAGCACAAAGUGAACAAGAUCAUUGAGUAUAUGAUUGCAGAGGCCUUUGUAAAAGCAGACGGGCUUAUCAAGAUUGAAGGCUCAAAAUUGCCAGAAUGCUCACAAAGGCAGAUAUUCACUCUCUCUACAGCCAUAGGUGACAUGGAGGCCUACACCAAUCUGACAGAUCAUGUGUUUGAACAAAUACUCCACUCUUCCUCCGUGGAGCUGGCUGAGGCAAAGGAGAUUCUAAAAAGGAUCAUCUCUCGAGACCACUACAGGUUUCUGGAUGAAAUCAAGGCUAUACAAGUCCCGACCUUGGAGAAGAUUCUCAGUUUGAAAGAGGAAUUGGAUCAAGCCAGUCAGAAUGUUUGUCCUGAAGGUCAUGAGAUUGACCGAAUACUCAACCCCUUCAAUCAGGAGACGGCUGACGCAUGUCGGAAUAUAGCUGAUGCCAUCUCUCAAGCCGUCCUCCAAACAUUUCCACCCAAACCCCAGACAGGGAAACCCACAGAGGAGAUGUAUCAUCAUUGGGAAGAGGAAUUGGCUGCAGCCGUCCCUGAGGGAGAUGAUGGGGGUGUCACGCUGAAACCAGAGGACUUUGUAGUUUUAGUCGCUACGUUUGACUAUGGAAUGAAAGACAAGGACCCCAUCAAUAAUGUGUAUUUCUACAACAAGAUAAAGCGUGACAAAGCAUUCAACAUCCCCAAAAACCAGGUGUCCAAGCUUCUCCCAGAAUGCUUUUCUGAGCAGCUGAUCAGGGUUUACAGUAAGAAGACUGAUGACCAGAGUCUGAAGGCUGCCAGGAAGCACUUGAAAAAGUGGUGUGAAGAUAAGGGCUUGCCAAAACCUCAGUAGGGAGACACCGCAACACUGGAAUUCAUCCCUGGGGGAAAUAUCCAGAACAAUCCACCAGAUGUUUUGGAAAAUAGAGAUUAAAAGUGAAAAAAAAAUCAAACACUCCCUGUUACUUAUAGGUUCAUUAGGAUUGAUUCUAUAAGGUGGAUUCUGAAUGUGACAGGUCGUCGUUGCAAAUGAGAAAUUGUUCUCAAUCGACUUACCUGGAUAAAUAAAGGUAAAAAAAUAACUAGACACCAUUUCUCUCCAAAAACAGUAUACAUUACUGCAUGUUUGGGUCAUAUAAGUUUCUUUAGAGCCAUGUUCAACAUUGAACAUAUAUUUUUGUUUUAGUUUGAUCAUUAAACACACUUUAAAUGUCUUGGUCUAAACUGAAGCAUAUUUUAGAUAAUUGAUUUUUAUCAGUCACAUUUAGUCUUCUCUGUGUAUUCUGUGUGUAUUCCUUAUAAUCAAGGCAUGCUAUAAAGCACUACCCACAUGGAGUGGAGUUAAAGUGAAUAUUUAAAUUGUGGUUUAGGGAUUUUAAAUAUUAUUAAGGUGUUUGGUUUUUAUGUUAAUCUGUGUGAAUUGAUGUAAUAAUCUGAUUAUAUAUUAUAUAUGGUUAGGUCUGACUUGGGAAUCUCUUUGUAUUGCAUCUAUCAAAUGAAAUAAGAAUUCUGAUUACUAUUACCAUUAUGAUAACAGUAUACUCUAACCCAGUGGUGUCAAACUAAUUUUAGUUCAUGGGCCACAUCCCCCUAAUCUGAUCUCAAGUGGGCCGGACCAGUAAACCACUCCAGAAAGAUCAGAGACUGUAUCUGCCACAUAGUUUCUUGUCAGCUUGAUGUUGGCAAACGCAAGUCUCUUCUGCUACGACGGUGUUUUAAGGCCAUUUGAGGAAAAAAAUAAUGUUACAGACCCGGGAGAGAGGGAUAAUAUUCUGAGAAAAAAACUCAGAAUUUCUACGAUUAAAGUCACACAUUUACAGAAAAAGAACUCUGAUAUUCUCUGAGAUUAAAGUGGUAAAUUUGGAAUAAUUACAUCUCUGCAAUUUUCACACUUUGCAAAGUCAUCCAGUGGGCCUGAUUGGACCCUUUGGUGGGACGGUUCUGGCCCACGGGCCGUAUGUUUGACACCCCUGCUCUAGCCUAUAUCACUGUUUCUCACUGUACUCAUACUAUAUAGCUCAACUUGCUUUGUUCAAUGUAACCUUCAGAGUGUGAUAAAAAUAAGCUUUCAAUAUUGUUGUGUUUUGCUCAUAGAGUGAAACUGUAUUAGAUUAUUAAUAUAUAUUUGGGGCUGUAAAGGGAAACUUACCAAAGUGAUUAGAACCUUUCAACUGUAUCCCUAAUGAGACAGGUUGAUGACAGAUUGUACCUGCUCUAUUUGAAAUAAAACUCUUGUUUGUC